GAUUUGGAGUGAAACCUAUUCCCUAUCUCCUUCCUCCACCUGAUAGUUACCCAGUCCUUCUCACAUGCUGCGUCCAGUGACUCGGAGGUCCCCUCCACCACGGCUUGGCUUUGCUUGUGACUUUGCCCUAAUCUUCUUCAAUCCAUGUUGCAUGCUUUUUGCAGGCCCGCCUCCCGGCCACGACUCAGCGCGUGCCCCAGGUUGUUGUCCGGGGUUGCCAGGGCGACUCCGGGGAUGUCGGAGCUGCACGAGGCGGCGGCGGCGGGAGACACCGACCUGGUGGAGGAGAUCCUGCACAGAGGCUCUUGCGACCCGAGCAUGAAGGAUCCGGACUGGAGUGAGCGUACCCCGCUCCACUGGGCGGCGGCCAAAGGAAAAGCAGACAUGGUGAAAAUCCUUAUUGCAAAUGGAUCUCGACCUUGCUUGAGGACAGCUACUGGAUGGACUGCAGCACAUUUUGCUGCAGAAUCUGGCAGACUUUCUGUCCUUCGAAUGCUGCAUUCACUGCAUGCUCCUGUUGACAAAGCAGACCUGUAUGGAGACACCCCCAGAAGAAUUGCAGAGAUAUAUGGUCAGGAAGAUUGCCUUAAGUUUCUUGAAACAGCUGAAAGAGAGAGCUUGAAUUACAGAAGAGUUGCUGAGAUGAAAGGCAUUUUUUUAGAUGAGACAGACGAAGAGUGGGAAAAUCUGAAAGAAAGUGAAAUGGCUGAAAGGAGGAAAGCUGCCAAUAACAUGAAUGAUGUUACAUGUAAACCUCAGCAAAGGCAGACACACUAUACUCACAAGACACCAGUCAAUAAAGUGCCUAAGAAAGGAAAAUUACCAAAAAUAAAUACUUUUGCAAAAAAGAUGUAAAAUAUAAUGGUCUUCAGGUCAGAGAAACAUGUAAUCUUAUGACCUGAAUUUGUUUAAAAUUAGUUAGAUUUGGAUUGAACCAAGAACAACCUCCAAAGCACAAAUUGAUCAGUAAUUUUAUAUUGCAUAGAAACACAUCCUUAUUCCUGUCGACUUUCCACUGAACCUGAUCAACUGCUGCUGUA